UUGGAGUAGACAAACAAACUUAGCGAUACAAAUUCUCUGCUGAAAUGUGUUUGUAAAGUUAAUCAACCACCUUGUAAAACACAUUGAUAGAGUCCGGAGAUAACCAUUUUUACGUUUGCGAUUAUAAACGACCUUUUAAUCUCAAAGCGAAAUGGAUAUCGCCACGUAUUUACAGUGUUUUGAAACCAGAUUUAGCUCAUACACAGGAGACGACCCUCUGGAUCCAUGGGACAAGUUUGUGGAGUACCUGGAGCAGAGAUUACCUGCAGACAGUGGCACUGGGAUGUCUGUGGUGUUUGACACUCUUGUGCAGACAUUUUUGAACGUGGAGCGAUACGCAAAUGACAUCAGAUAUGUGAACUACUGCAUCAAAUGUGCCAGUUAUUAUUCCGACCCCAUAGCUCUGUACAGUCACGUCUUCAGUAAGGGCAUCGGCACCAGGACUGCUGCGCUGUACGUGGCCUGGGCACAGCAGUUUGAGCAGAGGGGCCUUAAUGAACAGGCCGAUGCUGUGUACCAGAAAGCAGUGGAGAACCAAGCCCAGCCAGCUGACACUGUUCUCCACGAAUACAGGCAGUUUCAAACAAGAACCAGGAACCAGACACCAGGAUCAGCAGGAGGUCGAAAUCCUUUACAGAACUCCAAUUUAACCAAUCAGAUGUCAUCCUACAGAGAACCAGCCACUCAGAGCAAGGCCUCUGUGGACUGUCUGUCCAAACCUGCUGCAGUUAAAACAACCAUCAUAGUCUCCCGCUCUGAGACCUCAGGAGCGAUUCCCUCCGGUCAAGGCUCCAGCGUUCAGACGGUGGCAGCGUACAUGAAGGACGAACUGGUCUGUGAAGGGUCUGAAUUUUCCUUCGAGGAGGUCCGAGCUGCCAAAUACUUCCGUCAGCUCCAGGAGAGGCAGGAGAAGCAGCACAGAGAAAUGAUGGAGAAGUGUCUGAUGGAGCAUGAGGAGGGCAUCCGCCGCAUGGAGUCCAUGUUGCAGAGAUUAGACCACAGUCUGGAGGCCUGUGGAGGGUUAACCAGCCAGACUUCAUCACAGAGGCUUCCUGUUGUAGAAACGGCCCCCAGUGUGAACCCCGACCCCCCCCAGCUGCCUCUUGCUCGUCCUCGGCCCUCCAACCGUCUGAGCAGCCGGCGCUCUCUCGGCUUGAGAUUACACACCGAGCCGACCUUCAUCCCAGACGCCGCCGUCCCAGAACCUCCUCUGCAGCAAAACCACAUCAGGCCCGUCGACACUUACGCUCUGAGCUCAGAGGUAUCCCAUCAUGCCUCUGUCCUGGCUGACAGGAGUGUUCAUUUACCAGCAUCAGCAGCGGCUUCAGUGUCCACAGACCAGGCGUCCGUCGUCCAGACCUCGAUGGUUGAGCCUCAGUCGGUUCAGCGGCCUGUGAGCUUCCAGCAGAUGAACCUGUCCCUGCACAGAGCGGAUGGUGUCUGUGCCGUGAACAAUGAUGUUCUCUGCCAGAACGCUGCAGUUCAGCCCCGCAGCUGGGAGAGCUGUCGACCCGCGGAGCAAAACACCACUCAUCAGGAUGUCAGUCAGCUCCAAGAGCCCGAGGAGAAACUCAAUAUGUCACAGGGGGGCACAGUUAACCUGUCUCACGUCACUCCUAACAAUUCACUGGGCUUUGUUCAGGCCACACCGUCAAGGGUGCUGCCGUCACCCACCGUCAACACACGGGAAGCACUGGACGUCAUCAUGGACAUGUUCCAGGCUCCGACUCUGUUAGAGGAUCCGUUCACCAACACAUCAGCGCUCCACACGGCUGAGAAGGAGUUUGACGCCAGAUACCAAAGAUUUGGAAGCACCUCCACGCUCACAAAUCCUCCGGCAGCGACCCCGUUCCCCAUCUUCCAGGACGACAACGACAAAGAAAACGGAAGUGCUGCUGCUGCCUCUGCAGGGGAGAAGCCUAAACCAAUCAGAGCUCUGGCUGAAAUCCCUAAGACGGACAAACCCAACGACACCCCUCCGGACCUGAUCCCAGAUGAGAGCACCAUGUGGGGAGCGGGCUACAACUCCCUCCACUCUCUUGCUGCUUGUCCCAACAGCACCACGGACUUCGCCAUGCUGGCCCAGUUUGUCUCCACGCCGUUCACACACAAAACUCCGUUCAACGGCAACUUUUUCCAGGACCAAGAGAACAACUGUGACGGCGGCGAUGCUGAUGACGAUGCUUUUAUCAGGCGUCAGACCAAAAAACUCAGUCCCAUCAUUGAGCAGAGUCCGUGUGAGGAGAAACUCUCUGAAACAGCCGUCAGUCAGCUUCUUCCUUCCUCAGCGAGACACGGCACCAUCGUCGGCGAAGGGCUCGCCGCCGCCCCACACUGCCUCACCACCUCCUCCAUCACCAUGGUGCAGCCCCCUCCUCCCGCCGUGCUCUCCUUCAGAGACCAGACACUCUGUGCGGCCGACGCCUCCAUCCCCAGGACCACGGGACCUGUCUGGGAGGUGUACAAGAGUCCAGAGCAGCCCCCCAGACGAGCCUCUCUGGUCUCACAGAAACUGGAGAGUUCAGUCGGACCCAGAAGCGAAACUUUUAAAAUCCUGGAAGACGUAGACAAACCCGCCAGUCCAGAGCCAGCCCAGAAACCAGACUACGAUGUUCCAGUGAGUCCGGAGGGCGCUCUGAAACUGGACUGGCUGGCCAUCAGAAGUCCUGAGCUCACAGUCCAGCCGGAUCUGGACGCCUUCCUAAGUCCUUGUCGACACAAGACUGUUCCCAACAAGAUACUGGACGUUCCCAUGAGUCCAGAGCAGCCUCAGCUCUGUGCCGACGUGCCCAUGAGCCCAAUGCAGCCGCCACCUUUCAGCAACGUGGAUGAGCCCAUGAUGAGUCCAGACAGAGGGCUGACACCCUGCGCUGACGUGUCCAUGAACGCCACAGCACCGAGGGCAGCCAGGAGCAGAGCGGUCCAGCUGGUGUCAGACCCCUGGGAUAACGAACUGAUCUCUGAUCUGCUGUCGACUCUCACCCCGCCCCUCACCUCUCACCCCCGCUGCAUCACCUGGCAGUGCAACAUGCCCAACAUCACCCCAAAGAUGACCCUCAGCAUGGGAAAGGCUUCCCUGCAGGUCGACUGCAUCCUCGGCCAAGGUGCUUUUGCAACAGUCUACCAGGCGACUGACCCCAUGACCUCAGAGAGGAUGGUUUUAAAGGUUCAGAAACCAGCCAAUCCCUGGGAGUUUUACAUCAACACACAGCUGGACGCUCGGCUGCAGCCCGACAUCCGUCACCUGUACAGCAGCAUCCGCUCAGCUCACCUCUUCCACAACGGAAGUGUGCUGCUCGGGGAGCUGCACAACCACGGGACUCUGCUGAACGCAGUGAACAUGUAUAAAACCCUGAGCGACAAGGUGAUGCCUCAGCCUCUGGUCAUGUACUUCACCAUCUGUAUUCUGCACAUGGUGGAGCAGCUGCACGGCGUCCGCAUCAUCCACGCCGACAUCAAACCGGACAACUUCCUGCUGGGAGAGAGGUUCUUGGACAACAAGUGUUUUGAUGCGGAGAACAUGGACCACGGCCUCGUCCUCAUCGACCUGGGGCAGAGCAUUGACAUGGAGCUUUUCCCACAAGGCACUGCUUUCACUUCCAAGUGCUUGACGUCAGGCUUCCAGUGCACGGAGAUGCUCAGCGGGAAACCCUGGAACUAUCAGACCGACUACUUUGGAAUAGCAGGGACUGUGCACUGUUUGCUGUUUGGGACAUACAUGCAAGUCACAAAUGAAGACGGCGUCUGGAAGUCAAAUGCAGUGUUUAGAAGAAACCCCCACAGCGACCUGUGGAUGGAGUUCUUCCACACGCUGCUGAACGUGCCGGACUGCGGCGCCCUGCCGAGCCUGCGGAGCCUCCGCUGCAAACUGACGUCGGUCCUGCAGGAGAACUACGGCAGGAAACUGUCCUCGCUCAAGAGCCGCCUGGUGGUUCUGCUGCUGGAGAACCGCAAAGCCGCUCGGAGAUGAAGACAACGGCUUUAACUUCUUCUUAUCCUCCUUUUUUUAAACUGGUUCAAACUGUUUCAGAAAAAUCAGUUCAGUUUUAAAAAUGUGGUGAAAAUGUCACUGGAGGAGGAUUUGAGCGACUGACUUAGUUUAAACUGAAUUUGUACAUAUUUUUAAAAAUAAAUGUAAUUAUUAUUUAGUUGCUUUUUACAAUUACAUUUUUUCUGCUUUUACCUUGUGAGAAUUUUUUUUUUCUUAAAAGAAUAAACUUUGUGUUGAAGUGCA